AUGAACACCGAGCCAGUUGUAAUAGUGUCUGCUGCCAGGACUGCUAUAGGGUCAUUUAAUGGAGCAUUAAGAACUGUGCCAAUUCAUGACUUGAGUGCAGUAGUCAUUAAGGAUGUACUGAAGAGAGCCAGUGUAAAGCCAGAGGAAGUAUCUGAAGUCAUCAUGGGCCAUGUGCUCACUGCAGGUCAUGGGCAGAACCCCGCAAGGCAGGCUAGCGUUGGAGCAGGCAUCCCAUAUCCUGUGCCUGCAUGGAGCUGUCAGAUGGUGUGUGGUUCUGGUCUGAAAGCUCUGUGUCUUGGAGCUCAGUCCAUCAUGUUGGGAGAGUCAACUGUGGUCGUAGCAGGGGGCAUGGAGAGCAUGAGCCGGGCGCCUCACACCGUGCAAAUGAGGUCAGGGAUAAAGAUGGGAGAUGCUUUACUGCAGGACUCUGUAAUGGCUGAUGGACUCACUGAUGCUUUUUACAACUGCCACAUGGGUAUCACAGCGGAGAAUGUGGCUAAGCAGUGGGGUGUUACUCGAGAAGCUCAAGACCAGUAUGCUUUCACCUCACAGAGCAGAACUGAGGCAGCUCAGAAGGCCGGCUACUUUGAUCAGGAGAUUGUGCCAGUUAUCGUUCCUUCAGUAAAAGGUCCAGUAGAAGUGAAAGUUGAUGAAUUCCCUCGCCAUGGUAGUAACGUAGAUGCCAUGUCUAAACUGAAGCCCUUUUUUGUGAAGGACGGGUCUGGUACAGUCACUGCUGGCAAUGCAUCAGGGGUGAAUGAUGGUGCUGCAGCCACUGUUCUCAUGAGCCAAUCAGAGGCUCAGAGAAGGGGCCUUCAGCCAAUGGCACAGAUCAUCUCAUGGGCUCAGACUGGCCUUGACCCAUCCAUCAUGGGCGUAGGGCCAAUUUCAGCCAUCAGAAAAGCAACGGAGAAGGCAGGCUGGCAGCUGGCUGAAGUGGAUCUGUAUGAGAUCAAUGAAGCCUUUGCUGCUCUGACUGUGGCGGUGAUACAGGAGCUUGGCCUGAACCCAGACAAGGUGAAUGUUAGCGGAGGGGCUAUCUCUUUGGGACACCCCCUGGGUAUGUCUGGCUGCAGGGUGUUGGUGACCCUACUGCAUGCGCUCCAGAGGACUGGGGGCAAAAAAGGGGUUGCUGCUUUGUGUAUCGGUGGUGGAAUGGGAAUUGCUAUGUGUGUAGAGAGAGUCUAAGACACUGUUUUCUCACACAACGAGAUGUUAUUACAGAAGCCUGAGUCACUUAUGAAUCUUACACUAUUUGAUUUUUGUUUUUCAAUUCAUAAACUUUAUUUUUCUAAUCUUGUCAUAUGUUAAAUAUCAUUAUGAAGCAGUGUCCAGAAAGUCCAUGGUUAUUUAAUUAAAAAUCCACCUAUAAAAAAGGUCCACAAGGCAUGCUGUACAACUUCAGGACAUAAGAUUAUUGGUGGAGCAUACUAACUCUAGUUACCUCUUUGUCUGAUGUUUAUUUAGAGCGCAAUGUUGGUGAUGAAGUUAAAACUUUAAAACACCUACAGUGAACCUACUCGAAAAAACUGACUGAGCAGUCUUAUACUGUGUGUACUGUAUGAAAUGUAUUCAUGUUGAAGACUUUAGACAUUCCAUUUCACAUUAAUCAAACCAGGGAGGCUAUACUGUUGUGCUAUAGGAGCUACACCUUAUGGCUAACAGCGCCAGGGCCUCAUUCAGAGCUUCCACUAGCAAUGGUCCUAUGCAGGUUAGUGAUGCCUGCUGUACUGGUCCUCAGAGGAAUAGUACACUCAGCAGAACAGAACCAAGAAGAUACCAUAGAAUUGCCUUAGACUACUUUGUGCCAUAAGGCUGAACUAGCCUCUGUUCUGCGCUUCCUGUAGUCAGCUUUGUGAAAAGUGUAAUGCUGAAUACUGUAAUAUGGUGUUGGCUUGAAAACUGAAGGGAAAAUGUGUUUACAUAUCUAACCUUGACUGUAUUUCCUCAGUAAAUAAAGAACGCAACAUGAGA